ACAGUGACACAACAAACCCAUUCUCGCCAUCCAAGACUAAGGUACUUGGAUAACCGAAAGAAAAGGAAGAAGAAAGAUGUCCUUGGAAGGGCUGCAGGAGCGCUUGACAGCUCUGCAAGAAACCACGACUCAGUUGAAGAACCUAAUCGACCGAUUGCAGAACAUCAGAUUUCAGCCAGGAUCAGUGCCUCUGUCCGCGGACGAGGACAAUGUCGCCACCGAGCUGAGUACCGAGAUCAUUCAGAUCUUGCGCGAGGAGGAUGAAGAAUUAGAGCUCUUGGAGGAAGAGGUGGAGGACUUGAAGGGCGGACGACCCGGCAGCGAAGCAGAACAUACCAAGAUGAGGUUGAAGGAUGGAGUCGAAAGGUUGAAGCAAGAGCUUAAAGGCUCUCGAGUGAACUUUAGAAAAGCCCAACUCUCCGCCAAACAAAGCCUCGCCCGAGCGCAAAAACUCGAACGGGAACUCCUUCUCCAGUCCUACUCCCAGCCCGCAUCCAUAGCAACGUCCCCAUCCCUCGGUCCCUUGGACGACGCCGGAGACGCAGACGGCGCCUCGUCGAUACCGCGACCGGAAACCGUCCGACAACAGCACCAGCACCAGCACCAGCACCAGCAGCAACAAACAGGGUUAUCGGAGGAAGACCAGCAAGCGGUGGGCGCAAGCGGCAACGUGACGGCAGCGCUGCGGCGAACACACGACCUCAUCGCGGCGGAGCUGGCGCGGAGCGAGUUCGCGCACCAGACGCUGAGCGAGUCGUCGGCCGCGCUGGCGAAGCUGGACGACUCGUACGGGUCGCUGGAGGGGAUGCUGUCGCGGUCGCGGGACCUCCUGGGGACGCUGGUCAAGUCGCAGAAGAGCGACACGUGGUAUCUCCAGACGGCGCUGUACAUGCUCUUGGUCACGGGGGCGUGGCUCGUCUUCCGGAGGUUCCUGUAUGGGCCUGUGUGGUGGCUUGUUUGGUUCCCCCUGCGGAUGGUCUUUGGGAUUCUCGUCGGGGGCGGGAAGGCGGUUGUUAGGCGGGGUGAGGGGGGGCCUGCGGGUGAAUCGCCCGGUGUGGCUGUGCAAGAGGGCGGACGGGUGGAGGUGGAGGGCAUCCCGGGAGAGGAGCUGCCUACGAUUCAGGUUGGGGGCGCUGGUUCCGAGGCGGAGGAGAGCGGGCAGGCGGUCUUGGAUGAUAUCGAGACCAUUGUGGAGAGGGUCGGGAAAGUGGUGGAUGAGGUGCCGGAACUUGGUGAGGGUGAGGAGGCGGAGACGGAGACGGAGACGGAAAACGAGUCGCUGCUUGAGUUGGUUGGUGCUAUAAUAUCUGGCUAG